GGGCUGGCUCUCCCUGAUUGAAUCCAGCUGUUGUGAAAGAGGGGGGCAGUCAAUUUGCAUUGAUAAAUAGUCUUGUAGAGGACGACAGAGCGGGGAGCAGAACAGACAUUUUGGAAAAAGGCAUUCCUGCAACACUUGGUCAAUGUACCGAACCUUCAGCUCGAGCAGACAGCGCUAAAUGAGAACCUGGUGUCGGCUUUCGCGUAAAGGCGCAUACUUGUUGGGGGGGCGGUGAGAGCGCUGCUGGGAAGUGGCGAGGGGAUUUGGGGAGAAUUUACGGGUCGUCUAAAGCUUUCGUUUUUGAGAAACCGUAAAGCAUGCUGUUUGAAAUACGUGGCUUCAGGUUUUGCUCCUCCGCAAGGAUGCUGGCAGCUCUGGUAUUUAUUCUGCUUUGUAUCCAGCCAGGACACGGGCAGACCUGCACAGAAGGUUUUGCUUAUGACCGCAGGGCAAGACAGUGUAUAGAUGUGGACGAGUGCCGUAUCCUGCCAGAUGCUUGCCGUGGAGACAUGCGCUGUGUGAACCAGAAUGGAGGCUACCUGUGCAUGCCGAGGACUCUGUACAACCAGCCAUUCAGACCAGAGACUCCAGUGCUGCCUGAGCCGGUUUACCCAGAUUCAUCGGUUGGGUUUCCUGACACCUUCCUCCCGGCUGCUCCGAGGUCUGUGGAGCCCAGCUACCCCAGAGUGAGAAGCACAGCGCAGUGCAUCCUGGGAUAUGCCCCUGCAGAGGAUGGCACCUGUAAUGAUAUUGAUGAAUGUGAGACAAACUCUCAUCACUGUAACCCCACCCAGGUCUGCAUCAACACCUCAGGUGGAUACACCUGUUCCUGCACUGAGGGAUACUGGCUCAUCGGUGGACAGUGUCAGGACAUUGAUGAAUGUCGCUAUGGUUACUGCCAACAGCUGUGCGCCAACGUCCCCGGCUCUUAUUCCUGCUCCUGUAACCCCGGCUUCAUUCUCAACCCAGACAGCCGGACCUGUCAAGAUGUGGAUGAGUGUAUAGAAGCACUGUGCAGUCACGGCUGCUUCAACACAUACGGCUCCUUCAUGUGCAACUGUGAUGAGGGAUUCGAGCUGGCGGCUGAUGGCACUACUUGCAUAGACUUGGAUGAGUGCAGCUUCUCUGAGUUUCUGUGUCAGUACAGAUGCGUGAACACACCCGGCUCAUUCUCCUGCAUCUGCCCGCCGGGAUAUUACGUGUUUGAGGACGGCAGGAGCUGUGAAGAUAUCAAUGAAUGUGACACUGGUAACAACACCUGUACAACAGCACAAGUAUGUUUCAAUUUCCAGGGAGGCUACACAUGCCUGGACCCUUUACAGUGUCACCCUCCUUACAUCGAAGUUAGUGACAAUCAGUGCAUGUGUUCAGCUGAGAACCCUGCCUGCAGGGACAAACCCUUCACUAUUCUGUACCGACACAUGGACUUGUCGUCGGGGCGCAGUGUGCCUGCAGACAUCUUCCAGAUGCAGGCCACCACGCGCUACCCCGGCGCCUUUUACAUCUUCCAGAUAAAGUCUGGCAACGAAGGACGAGAGUUUUACAUGAGACAAACCAGUAAUGUGAGCGCCACACUCGUCCUGUCGCGGCCAAUCAAAGGGCCCAGAGAGCUGGUGCUGGACUUGGAGAUGGUCACAGUCAACAACGUCAUCAACUUCAGAGGCAGCUCCAUCAUACGUCUGACGGUAUUUGUCUCAGAGCACCCGUUCUGAGCGUCCCAAAUGAACUUUAGCAACCCCAAAGAGUCAAGCUGCUGGGUUUGUUUGAGACAGCUCAUAACCUUUUUUGUUUGUUUGUUUUUUUUAAAAAUCAUUAUGCCAUCCUCAAUAAAGACACGUCCGAGAAAGACUCAGCCGAGACCAGCUGAUGGGAAAGCAUCGCUGUGCUUAAAUCCCCACCCUGGUUUAAUGGACACUGAGCUUUUAUGGCUGCGAUAUGGACUUUCGACACAGAGGGAUAUUUAUGGUGUACAAUUUCUGACAUCCUCUAUUUAGAAAAUGACCCGAAAAUGAUGGAAAUUACCCUCAAUGAGUGCCAGCGUAUACACAAUACAGUUUUUUUUACCCCCAGUUGUCUGUGAAUUUUCAUCCCAUCAGAUAAGCUGUGAAAGUGACUUUCAUAUUCCUGAAUUCAAGAGCUGUCGUUGCAUCACGAUCAGAUCAUAUUGGUGUUUUUUUAUGAGACGGGAGGCGAGGCGGUUACCUGAGCAGAAGUGUAAUUGUGCAUUUGCAGUGGCAAUAUUUGAAAUGAUGUAACAACCAGUCAUCAACUGAAUUAUUGAUCACAGUUUCUUUAAGACCAAUAAAUGUCUUCACCACACAGCC